AUGUCUGAAAAAGUUGGAUUUGAUGAGUUGCGGCUAAAGUAUAAGGAUGUAUUAUCAAAAGCGUUUACUACAAAUAAUAUCGAUCUGCUCGAUUCCUUUUCAAAAAAUGCGAAUGAGAGCGACAGAAAAUCAGCCAUGGACCAAGCUUUCAGAGAUAAACUACUGGAUUUGCUACUAGAGGAGCCAAAUACCUUGGAAAGCUAUGUAAAUUUUUGUAUAGAGUCAUGUCGAAGGCAAAUGGUGACUGCAACUAUGCCUGUAGUUCUUUUGGGUGAUAUUUUCGAUGCACUAACACUGAACAAAUGUGAAAAAAUGUUUAUGUAUGUUGAAAAUGGAGUAAAUAUUUGGAGGGAAGAAUUAUUCUUUGUGGCAUGUAAAAACCAUUUACUACGAAUGUGUAACGACUUGCUAAGAAGAUUAUCAAGAUCUCAAAAUACGGUAUUCUGUGGCAGAAUAUUAUUGUUCUUAGCAAAAUUCUUUCCCUUUUCCGAGCGCUCCGGGCUUAAUAUUGUCUCGGAAUUCAACCUGGAAAAUGUUACGGAGUUUGGUGGUGACAAUACAAGUACUUUAAAGGAUGCUUUAGACGAAGAAAUGGUAGUUGACGAUGAUAAAAACAAAUUGGUCAUAGAUUACAAUCUUUACUGUAGAUUUUGGAGCUUACAGGACUUCUUUAGAAACCCUAACACAUGUUAUAAUAAAUUACAAUGGAAAACCUUUGUUGCACAUUCAGGUAGUGUUCUAUCAGCUUUCUCCUCAUACAAGCUAGAGGCUGUGGAAUUGCAGAAAUCUAAACUAAAUAUACUUAAAUCUGUUAACUCGGAUGUUGAAAUGACAGAGAACAAAGAACAACAUUACUUUGCAAAGUUUCUUACAAACCAGAAACUAUUGGAGUUACAGUUGUCGGACUCAAAUUUCAGGAGAUGUGUCCUUAUACAGUAUCUUAUACUCUUUCAAUAUUUAAUGUCGACGGUAAAGUUUAAAAUGGAAUCCCAAGAAUUAAAAUCAGAUCAAAUAGACUGGGUGAAGGAAACAACAGCACUUGUUUACAAGCUGCUCGGUGAAACUCCACCAGAUGGCAAACAGUUUGCUGAAUGUGUGAAGAGAAUAUUGAAGAGGGAAGAACAUUGGAACAGUUGGAAAAAUGAUGGAUGUCCAGAAUUUCAAAAGCCAAAACCUCCAGUACAAGCGGAGAAUGAAGAAGUGAAACGUUCAAGGAAACGACGCCGGCCGGUUGGAGAUAUUAUUAAAGAAUAUUCUGGAACAGACAAGUUCUUCAUGGGGAAUAAUGACCUGACAAGGUUGUGGAACCUCUGUCCAGACAAUCUCGCCGCUUGUAGAACAAAAGAAAGAGAUUUCAUGCCGUCACUAGAGUCGUACAUGUUGUCAGGCGAGGCCGGUGAGUGUGUCGGCGGGUGGGGGUGGCGCGCCCUCCGUCUGUUGGCCAGACGGUCACCACACUUCUUCGUUCACACAAACAACCCCAUCGGACGUCUGCCGGAUUAUCUUGAUGAUAUGGUGAAAAAAAUUACCCGUGAAGUAGCUGCCAAUAAUGUGUCCAAUAAUACUAACGGUGACUCCAACAUUAAUAACGAUAAAGCUAAAGUGGAGCAGACUGAAGAAGAAUUGACAGAGGAGCAAAUAGAAACUGAUAUUAUAAAGGAAGAAGACUCUACCGACCUUGAACAGGCACCAGAUUCGACUCAUGACGACGAUAAACCAACCAGAUCUAAAAUAACAAUGAUAUCAGCCACACAGCUACACGCUGUAUCAACUAAACUACCAGAAUGGAAGAAACUUGCAGCCAAACUAGGGUACAAACCCGAUGAAAUACAGUUCUUUGAUACAGAGUACACGACAGAGGAAGCGAGGGCCAAGAACAUGCUGCAACUGUGGUUCGACGAUGAUGAGGACGCCUCUGUGGAGAACCUACUCUAUACCAUGGAGGGAUUGAACAUGACGGACGCCUGCCACGCCUUGAAGAACACUAAGUGA